AUGUCUGUUGUCGGUAUUGAUUUCGGUGCACAGAGCACCAAGAUUGGUGUUGCCAGGAACAAGGGUAUAGAUAUUAUCGCCAAUGAAGUUUCCAACCGUCAGACCCCAUCCCUCGUUGGAUUCAGCGCCCGCAGCAGACACAUCGGUGAGGCCGCUAAGACACAAGAAACCUCCAACCUCAAGAACACCAUCGGCUCCCUGAAGCGUCUCAUCGGCCGCCCCUUCGACGACCCAGAUGUCCAGCUCGAGCAGCGAUACAACACCGCUCCUAUCUGUGAUGUCAACGGACUCGCCGGUGUCGAGGUCAACUACCUUGGCAAGAAGGAGAAGUUCACAGCGACUCAGCUGGUCGCUAUGUACCUGACCAAGAUUAAAGAUAUCACAUCCAAGGAGCUCAAACUGCCCGUGUCUGAUGUUACCAUCAGUGUUCCCGCUUGGUUCACCGAUGUGCAGCGCCGCGCUAUGAUCGAUGCCGGUGACAUUGCUGGUCUCAACGUUCUCCGUCUUGUUAACGAUACUACCGCUACCGCCCUUGGUUACGGUAUCACCAAGCUGGACCUGCCCGGCCCCGAGGAGAAGCCUCGCCGUGUGGCAUUCGUCGAUAUUGGCUACGGUGACUACACUGCUUCUAUUGUUGAGUUCCGCAAGGGCGAGCUUAACGUCAAGGCCACCACUACCGACCGUCACUUCGGUGGUCGUAACUUCGACUACGCUCUGACCGAGCGCUUCGCCGAUGAGUUCAAGGAGAAGUACAAGAUUGAUAUCCGCACCCACCCCAAGGCGUGGUCCCGUACCCUCGCCGCCGCUGAGAAGCUCAAGAAGAUUCUGUCCGCCAACCCCCAGGCUCCUCUGAGCAUUGAGUCUCUGAUGGAGGACGUUGACGUCAAGGCCAUGGUUAAGCGUGAGGAACUUGAGGAGAUGGUCCGUCCUCUUCUGGAGCGUGUUACCGUGCCUCUGGAGCAGGCUCUCGCCGAGGCCAAGCUCACUGUUGACGACAUUGACCACAUUGAGCUUGUUGGUGGCUGUACUCGAGUCCCCGCCAUCAAGGAAGCUCUCGCCAAGUUCUUCGGCAAGGGUCUUUCCUUCACCCUUAACCAGGAUGAGGCUAUUGCCCGUGGCUGUGCUUUCUGCUGUGCUACCCUCUCCCCCGUCUUCCGUGUCCGUGACUUCGCUGUCCACGACAUUGUCAACUACCCCAUUGACUUCACCUGGGAGCAGUCCCCCGAUAUCCCCGAUGAGGACACCAGCCUCACUGUCUUCGGACGCGGCAACGUUAUGCCUUCCACCAAGAUCCUUACUUUCUACCGUAAGCAGCCUUUCGAUCUCGAGGCUCGUUACUCUAAGCCCGAGGGUCUGCCCGGCAAGGUCAACCCCUGGAUCGGUCGUUUCUCCGUCAAGGGUGUUCAGGCUGAUGCCAACGACGACUUCAUGAUCUGCAAGCUGAAGGCUCGCCUGAACUUGCACGGUAUCCUGAACGUUGAGUCUGGAUACUACGUCGAGGACCAGGAGGUUGAGGAGCCCGUCCCCGAGGAGGGUGAUGCUAUGGACACUGACGCCGCUAACGGCGAGGAGCAGCCCAAGAAGACCCGCAAGGUCAAGAAGCAGGUUCGCAAGGGUGACCUGCCCAUUGUCUCCGGUGUCGGUGGUAUCGAUGCCGCUGGCAAGCAAGUCCUCCAAGAGCGUGAGAAUGCUAUGUACAUGGAGGACAAACUCGUCGCCGAGACCGACGAGAAGAAGAACGAGCUCGAGGCCUCCAUCUACGAGCUGCGUGACAAGAUCGACGGUAUCUACUCUGAGUUCGCCUCCGACGAGGAGAAGGAGAAGCUGCGUGCCAAGCUUAUGGAUACCGAAGACUGGCUGUACGAGGACGGCGAGGACACCACCAAGUCCGUCUAUGUUGCCAAGCAAGAUGAUAUCCGCUUCAUCGCCGGCCCCAUCAUCCAGCGCUACAAGGAGAAGGCCGACGCUGAGCGUCAAGCCGUCCUGAAGGCUGAGGAGGAGGCCGCCGCUAAGCGCCGCGCUGAGCUCGACGCCAAGAAGAAGGCCGAGGAUGAGGCCAAAAAGGCCGAAGAGGAUUCCAAGAAGGCCGAGGGCGAUGCUGAGAUGAAGGACGCACCUGAGGGCGAGGCCCAGGGUGAGACUGAGGAGAAGCAGUAG